GUGAAGCUGAAAGCCACAAAGUAUUUAUCCGGUAUAAUAGACAGAGACUGAAUGUGAGAUUGUUUAUGUGCGCUUGUUGGAGGAUGGGAAGCCAGUCAUCCUCCUAGUCAGACAACAGACCCUUGAGCACUCCCAUGCCCUUGGUGUUUUGGAUGCCACCAAGGCAGCAUUUUAUGCUGUCUGCCCAGAGGAGGACGGAGGGUCAUGGAUGAAGAAGUGCAUUUACUUUGGGGCAGAUGGUGCCUCCAUGAACAUGAGUCAUGGUGGAGAAGUGAUUGCCCAUCUGCAGAGAGAGGCAGGGAGCAGAGAAUGUUAAACAAUACUAUGUGUGCGCGUGUGUGCAUGCACGAGCUAAGUGCCGGAAUGGACAAGACAAGGACCUUGCUACUACUGACCAAGGCCAGUACUCAGUUCCAGCACACGGAGCACCUGGCCGUGGCAUCAACAACAGCGGAAGUUCAAGGGCGGGCAAAGGUGGAAAUAACACUGAAGGGGAAUCUGAAAGGCUUCACAGACCUCACAAAUCCCCAGUUGAAGCAGCACAUGGAUGCAGCCAUCAACAUCGGCGUGGAAGAUCUCAAAGCCAGGUUUAGUGGUUUGCUGAAGGAUGAGGGUGCCCAGACCCCAGUGAAGUCUUUCAGAGUGCUAAACCUUGACACAUGGCGAAAGGGCCAGGCCAGCCUUCUCACCUUUGGAAAUGAUGAUGUGGCAGACCUGUUGAGGCAUUUCAAGGAGCCUCUAGAGAGAUCAGGGUGCAACAUGGCUGCAAUCCAGGAUGAGUGGCAGGGGCUGAAAAUCCUGGUCAGCCACAAUUUCAAGGACAAGUCCCACAGUGGCCUGUGGGAGACCAUGUUGACAAAGGACGCCUACAGGCAAGAUUACAAGUGGAGUUGGUGCAGAUUAUGCUGGUGAAGCCCAUUUCAGCCGCUCAGUGUGAGCGAGGCUUCUGUACACAGAACCGCAUUAAGAAUUCAACAAGAAGCUGCCUUGGGGUCUCCACCACCGAAGACCUGAUGAGGAUCAGUCUGGAGGGGCCUUCUGUUGAGGAGUUCAAUCCCACUCCUGCCAUGGACUGCUGCCUGACCCCUAUGCGUUCCAGACAGCCAACAUACAAAAGCAGCUGGACAACUGAUAUCCUUUGCAUCUAGGCCAAUGUGUUAUUUUGC